CCUGGCACACUGCAUGUCGCUGGAGGGUCAUGCACGGGGGCACCCGUGGGACAUGAGCACAGAGCUGCUGCAAAGCGGAAGCCCUGCGGGCACAUUGAGAGGGCAAGCUGCCUCGCACCAUGCCCUCCUUCGAUGAGGUGUUGAAGGAAGCCGGGGAAUUUGGAAGAUUUCAGAAAAGGGUCUUUUUCCUCCUUUGUCAGACAGGCAUCACUUUUUCAUUCCUAUUUGCCAGCGUGGUUUUCCUUGGGCAGGUGCCGGACAACUAUUGGUGCCGGAUACCUGGGGCGGCUGAUUUAAGUGAAAAGUGCGGCUGGACGCUGGAAGAGGAGCGAAACUUCACAGUGCUGCCCCUGCUGCUGGUGAAUGGCUCCUCCGGUGGGCGCUGCGAGCGUCUGGAUGUGACCUGGGAUGCGGCUGCCGGCUGUGCCAGCCCCCUCAGCCACCGCCUCGAUGGUAGAGUGGGCAGCCCACCACUCGCCACCUGCCAGGACUCCUGGGUGUACCAACAGCCCCACGCCUCCAUUGUCAGCGAGUAUAACCUUGUGUGUGGCCAUGCCUGGAUGUUGGAUCUCUCACAGGCUAUCCUCAACUUGGGCUUUCUGGCUGGUGCCUUUACCCUUGGCUAUGCAGCAGACAGAUAUGGCAGAAUCCUCAUCUACCUGCUCUCCUGCCUUGGGGUUGGGAUAUGUGGUAUUAUAGUGGCUUUUGCACCAAACUUUAGUCUAUUUUUGAUCUUCCGUUUUCUCCAAGGUGUCUUUGGGAAGGGAACCUGGAUGACAUGCUAUGUGAUUGUGACAGAGAUUGUUGGUUCUGAUCAGCGGAUCGUUGGGAUUGUGAUACAGAUAUUCUUCACCUUGGGAAUUAUGAUUCUCCCUGGAAUUGCCUACUUGGUUCCCACCUGGCAAGGGAUCCAGCUGGCCAUUUCACUGCCCAACUUCCUUUUCCUACUCUACUACUGGGUUGUUCCUGAAUCUCCACGUUGGCUUUUGACACGCAAAAAGGGAGAGAAAGCAUUAAAAAUCAUGCACGACAUUGCAAAACACAAUGGAAAAUAUCUCUCACCGCAUUACUCUGAGAUCACUGUUAGCAAUGUGGAGGUCACCAAUCCCUCUUUUCUUGAUCUGGUGAGGACUCCUCAGAUGAGGAGGAACACACUCAUCCUGAUGUACGCCUGGUUCACAAGUGCCCUGAUCUACCAAGGGCUUGUCAUGCGCCUAGGAAUUGUUGGAGGAAACCUCUACCUGGACUUCUUCAUCUCAGGAGCUGUUGAAUUGCCUGCUGCUCUCCUAAUUUUAAUCACAAUUGAUCGCAUUGGCCGGCGCCUUCCCUUCGCAAUAGGCAACAUUGUGGCAGGAAUUGCAUGCCUUCUUACUGCCUUCUUGCCAGAAGAUAUUCCAUGGUUCAAAACCACAGUGGCCACACUGGGAAGGCUGGGCAUCACAAUCGCUUUUGAAAUCGUGUACCUUGUGAAUUCUGAGUUGUACCCAACAACACUAAGAAACUUUGGUGUCUCCCUGUGCUCAAGUUUGUGUGACCUAGGUGGGAUCAUAGCCCCAUUUCUGCUUUUCCGAUUAGCAGCCAUUUGGUUGGAGCUACCUCUGAUUAUUUUCAGUAUUCUUGCAGUUGUCUGUGGGAUCCUAGUAUUACUUUUACCAGAGACAAAGGGAAUCUCUUUACCUGAGACGGUGGAGGAUGUAGAGCAACUUUCAGGUCACUGUGGUAAAUGUGGGAAGAAGAGGAAGAAACACCAGAACACCAAUUCUUAUAUUUGAUCUCUAAAGGGUGAUGUUGAGCAAAGGACUGUGAUCCCAUACUGGGAAUUUCUUCUUCACUUGCCACCACUUUGAAGUUUGCUCCAGGGUAUGGAUUAAAUCCAUGUUCUUCUUCCAAGUAUAAGGACAUUCAAAAAAAUGUGAAAUAAAUUCAUUUUUUCUAAGUGUGUUGUUUCCAGGAAGGAAGCACUUUUUGAUUUUGAUAGAGAGCAGAUCAGCUUAAUUGCACUAUCCAGCUCAAUGAGCUUUUAUUUAUUUCUUUAUACAUUUGAGAUGUUUAUUGGAUGACUUUGAAUAACUUUGGAGAGGAAAAGAUGAAUAUGUGAGCCUUUGCCCUUGGACCAUCUGGACAAACAGAAGAACUGAUGUCUCAUGAGGGAGAGCGCUAAUCAGGGCAGCCCUUUUUGGAUCAGAAGUGAUGAGACUGUGAAUCCAUUCACCCUGGGCUGCUCCUCUUACCCAGCAACACUGCAGCAAAAGCUCUGUCCAUUGAAGGUCUUUGUCAAAUGUGGUAGCACUCCUCUUCUGUUACGUAGCUGUCAGUUCUUACUCAGAGCAUUAGCUCUGCAGGUCAGAUCAUCCCAUUGCCCAUUAGUGCCUCCCCCCAGACCUGUGGUCUUGUGUCCUAGACAUGCUAAUUUUUUCCAUUCUAAAAUAUACUCUGUCCAUUUCUGCAAGCCAAAUCAUCUCACCCUGACCUGGACCUAGGUGACUUCCAAGUUCCUUCUUCCCCUCAUUGUUACUUGUCAUCUUUUUGGUUGAGGAUAAGUUAUUUGGGAUACUGACAGGGAUGUUAAGCUGUCUUGGGAAGAUGAGCAAGGAUGAGACAAGAGCUCUGUUUACAGAGGGAAGCAUUAACUCAAUCUGGUUGUUUGAAGUUAACCUGUAGCAGAAAUGUUUGAUCUCUGUCUCUGCAAGCAGAUAAGAGGGACACCUCACCUUCCGUUUCAUCUGUGUGACCUCCACCUUGUGCUAGGUCCUGGCCAGAGACAGACAAUACCCUCCUUAUAGUGAAGAACUUAAGAAGAUGUGGUGUUUGAACAUAUCUUGUCAUGGACAAUGAAGAAUUAAACAAACAAAGGAAAAUCAUUGAGUUGUAGAACCUUAUAAGACCAAAAACCAACAGAUUUGGCAUGAGCAACUUUAGGAGUGUGUCUUAAAACUUCAUGCCACAAACGACUGAUGAUAACAUUAAGUUUAAUGCAGAUGAAUUACUACUAUUCUAUUCUAAUUAUCUUAUGAGCACCAAUAGUUUCCCGUGCAUGGGGUUUUCCUGUGGUGAAUUUACCAGUCAUUUCAAGAAUUUCUGACUCUCCCUGUAUUUUCUGAUCAGCUGCCCAUACCACCAACCCCUGUGGAGGAAACUAAGACAGUAGUAAUCUCAAACUCAUGUUUGCCUACUCUGAACAGUUAAUAAUGAAGGGCUUUCUUUCAUCCCUAUUCUUAAUUUUCUGAAUGAUAGUUAGAAGCCAGUAAGAUGCUUAGCAAAAGUCAGCAGUGAUUGAGAAAUACAAAACUAAAUGAACAUCUCAUAAUUUAUCUGUCAAAUUGGUGAUAUCUAGAGUAUGACCUGAAAUUGGAGUGACUGCUGCAGGCAGAAAAUCCCUCUUACACCAACAUGCUCUUCUACAGACAGCUGUAAGCUCCUCAGGUUGGCUGGCAGAGAACAGCCCUGAACUGGAAGUCAUGAGCUUUCACAGCUUGGACCUGAGCAAACCCACUGCAGCGUCUCAGUGUCCAGAGCUCAGCUCUGCCUUCUCAGCAGCCCACCAGCCCCACUGCCCUGGGGGAACCUUUACUUUUAAUGCUUCUCCUUCAUGAAUUUUUAUUUUUUAACCAGUUUCAUAAUCACUGUAGCACUCUGAGAAGGAUUGUGGAAAUCAUUUAAAACUACAGUUUGACAAGGAAAUGUUAAUAUUAUUUGCCAGCAUCUGCUAUUUGUAGAUGACUGAAAAGUGCUUGAGAAAUGAGAGGAAUGAAGGCUCCAGAAUACAGCUGGAAAAAGGGUAAAAGUGCUUCAGCAUUUUCUGCCUGGAACAAUCCCCUGUCUACCUUCAGAGCUGAAGGUGAUUUGGAAACCUUGUCAGCAAUAUGAAGGCCUGGUCUAGGAUGGGCAAGAAGGUGUCACGCACCACCUCACUCUGAGAGAGGCAGUGAACUGAAGGGACCAGGCAUUGUCAGCUUUAGCUGUCUUGCAUGUAUUAUACAGGUCAUUCUAGAGGCUCAGUGAACAAUGUGAUCUGCCUAGAAGACAAUGGAUCACCUUACCAUUGUUUAAGGCACAUGUUCAAUAUGAUAGCAGAAACCCAGGAGCUAAAUUCUUCCUGUCUGCAAAAAGAUUCCUUAGACCAGCAACCAUGUGGAUGUGCUAUUCAGUUUAACUGUGUCUCCACCCCAAAAUCUGGCUCUUAGGUGGGAUGUGGGUAGCCUCUCUGGCAUGUCUGCGUAUUUCUACCCUAUCUACAAUCUCUCAUUAUAGUGUAUGUGAGAAAAGAAUGACAACUCUUAGGAUGCAACCUAUCUCCUCCAUGGGCACUAGUUCUUGGGGGAAGCCAUGGAAAAGUGUGAGUAUAUUUCUAGGGGGCAAUGUGAUUGCCAUGUUAAUAGCAGUAACUUACUGAAGUUAUUUUUACAAUGUGUUUUGGAAGAAAAAAAAUCCCUUUUUGUACAGUGGAAAACAAAUGACAAAAUUGAGAACAAAGAAAAAGUCUUAAAUGUGAAAUAAAAGGAGACAAAACUGCUUCACAGUUCAGAAAGUUCAGAAAGCGCCAAGAGUACUUUUUUUUUCCUUACUGAAUAUGCACAUGUAUAUUCAGCACUGAGUUUUAGGGGUCUGCUUGGGAACUGUUGAAUCACGGCCUGAACCUCUGUUUGAUCACCUGAGGCGAGCAAUGAGUCAGCCAGAGGAGCACAGGUGAAGGCAAUUCAGCUGUACUGCUGGAAGGGGUGGAGCCUGGCUCCAUCUCUCCUAGACCCAUUUAAAAGCUGACUACCAGUGGGAAAGGAUCUCUUCUGGAGAUCCCUUCUUUGAGUUUCUCAGCGAGCCUAGGAUGCGGGUAAGCUUUCUAUCUAUUCUCUUUUUGUUAUUAUAUUCUGCUUUGCCAAACUCUCUAGUUUAUUUCAUAGUUAUAACAUCUUUAUAUUCAUUGACUAUACAGGGUCUCUUCUGUUUUUUUUUUUUAAAUCUCUUUCAAACUUCAUGAGGAAAUUUGACAUUAUAGCGUCACAAAUACACAUCUGUAUUGUAUGAGAUGUUGGUCUUAUGGGCACAGAUUUAAUUUCCUGUAAGCACAGGCAUAUGCAUUUCCUCUUCAUUUAGAGAAGAAAAAGCUGUAUGCAGUGGUAAGACAAGUUAUAUAGUGAAACAAGACUGGUCCUGAGGAUGACAGAAGUUUAUAAUACACUACAUGCAUUGUCAUUACUCACUGUAAUGACUGACAUCAGUUAUUUCUCUGUCUUCACUAUGAACUAACUUUUAGAUAAAGGUAUUUUUUAUUCACUGUUUUAUGCAACAUUUGUACUUCCGCUGACACAAAUUUCCAUGUCAAUAAAAAAAAAAAUACAAGCCAAAUGUGUUUAUUUUUUCAUCCCACGUACUUAAUGCAGUCAGAUAUAUCUAAUAAAACACCACAGGCAUAACAGAUGUGUACAGUUUCUUCUUUUUUUUUUUUU